UGAGUAAUGAGGUAAUGCUUGUAAAAUACGGCUUUCUUCCGUCUGCUGACCAUCUCCCCAAAGAGACAUCAGAGACUCAGGAGGAGAAGCUACAAGGAAACACCGAGGUGCUGUUGAAGUUUUCGCCGUCCAGUGCUCCAUGGCCAGCCUCGCCCGCAGCGCACCUCUGCCGGACAGGAGCACACUUGUUGAGGAGCCGCAGUUCCAGCAGACGGUACAGAGGAGUCGCAGCUUAAUACAAAAGAUCCUCCUCUCCAUUCCCGGCGCGCACAAAUCCUGCAUUACCACAGAGGCUCUACAGCUGAAUUCCCCAGAAAAUGCAAAGCUUGACAUAAUGGCACAAAACAUUGGCAUCCCCCCUGCUCCUGUACUCAGAGUUGUGUCGGAAAACUUCACUUUGAAAAACAGUUUGACACUAAUGUCUGAGGGUCUUCAGCUGCACCGGGCCCUAUUGAGCGCUGUCUCUGAGCGGCUGCAAAAGAAAAACCAAGUUACCGACCUAAUGGCUGACAUCAGAGACCUCACCAUUCAGAUCAAUAAGAUGCUGAAAAUGGUCCAAAAUGAGGCUGUGGUGCAGCCCACCCCAACCCCUAUGGCUUUAAGUCUACUAGGGGAUUAUGAGGUUCAGGUGGCAGCACACCUGACUCUGGUGCAGCUCCAGUCCUUUGGCCAGGACACAGUCCGCUGCCUCAGGAGUCUGGACCGGAGCAAUGAAGAGAUGACAGAAAGCUGACCAAUUGCCAUACUCCAACUGCUUUUGGCUUAUGCCCAAAACAAACCUUAUCCUGCCAUUUUUUAUUAUGGCAUUUAUUUAUUUAUCUGUUAAAGAUUUAUUUAUUAUUUUUUUUUUUAAAUUUA